AUGGAUGCCAUAGUUACGGAGUUACUCAGCGCUGCAUUUGGCAGGGUGACAGCUCGUUACGUAACGAGUGUGUGUAAACUAACUAACUCCCGUGCAUACGAGCAUCGUUUGCGUGCUGGAAGCAGCUCCAUUAUUAUUGUUACCAUCAUCCGCGUCUGGCGACAGAAAGCGAUAUCGAAAAACCAAUGCGUCCAGGUGAAGGAGGGGACACCGGCGAACAACCAUACAUUGAAUACCGGUGCAUUACCAACCGGCGAAGGCAGCCACGGCGGCAAUACGGUAUCACGAUACACACGACCUUUCUUUCCUCGGAAUUUGAUCGCCCAGCAACUGGUAGGCGGUAGCAACAAACCAACCACAUCCCUAUCCACAACUUCAACCUCCCCCGAUCAACCCACCACCACCACCACCACCACCACCACCACUCCCGCCCAGCGCAUCCCUCCCGGCCCUGUGUCUAUGGCAAUUGGUGGUCCCGCUGUGGCAUCCCGACUGGCUGCGCUGCCCACUCACCUCAUGCACUCCUCCCUGGUCCGUGGUGUGGGUGUUUUGGGAUAUUUGAGGUCUCCUUAUUAUUCCUGA